UGGGCCCUCGCGCCUCGGAGACGGUGGAGGGGCGGGAACUGGCAGCGUCGCUUGCGUGGCGCCGCCGGUCACGUGGGUGCGAGAGAGAAGCCGGCGGCUGAGGCGUGCAGGCAUCGGUAUGGCGGCGGCGCUGGGCGGCUUGGGCCUCUUGCACGGCCGGUUCAGGCUGGCUGCUGCGGCCGCUGCGACCUCCUCCGCCCUCAGCCCCCGGGCUCCGGUGCGAGGGGGCGCCGCCGCUCUCCCCUCAGCUGGGAGGAGCUACGGUUCGGAGGCGAAGGAAGAAGAGGAGCUGCGAGUGCGGUACCUGGAUGAAGAGCACAAAGGAAUUGUGGUGCUUGGGUUAAACAGAUCUCAUGCCAAGAAUGCACUUAACAAAAAUCUUUUAAAAAUGAUGUCAAAAGCUGUGGAUGCUUUGAAAUCUGAUAAGAAAGUACGAACUGUUAUAUUCCGAAGUGAAGUCCCAGGGAUAUUCUGUGCUGGUGCUGACCUUAAAGAAAGAGCAAAAAUGCAUUCAAGCGAAGUUGGUUCUUUUGUCUCAAAAGCGAGAGCAACUAUUAAUGAGAUGGCUAAUCUUCCAGUACCAACUAUUGCUGCAAUAGAUGGAACUGCAUUGGGUGGUGGCCUGGAACUUGCUUUAGCCUGUGACAUAAGAGUGGCAGCCUCCUCUGCUAAGAUGGGCCUAGUUGAAACAAAGUUGGCAAUCAUUCCAGGUGCAGGGGGAACACAAAGAUUACCUCGUACAAUUGGAGUAUCUUUGGCUAAAGAGCUAAUCUUCUCUGCACGCAUAGUGGAUGGUGAGGAAGCAAAGUCAAUAGGAUUGAUCAGCCAUGUGGUAGAACAGAAUGAAGCAGGGGAUGCUGCAUACAGAAGAGCACUAGCUCUGGCAAGAGAAUUUUUACCUCAGGGACCAGUAGCAAUGAGAGUUGCAAAGCUGGCCAUCAAUCAGGGAAUGGAGGUUGACUUAGUAACAGGCUUAGCAAUUGAAGAAGCUUGCUAUGCUCAGACUAUUCCAACAAAGGAUAGACUCGAAGGUCUUCUUGCAUUUAAAGAGAAGAGAUCUCCUCGCUACAAGGGAGAAUAAAAGAAGUUGAUGCCUUUAAAAUAGAAUGGGGUAUAUGUACAGAUACGAGGACCAUUAAGAUGCAUUUUGCAUCUAUGCCUAUAUCACAACCACCAAAGUUAAAGCAAAUCAUACUGAUGUUACAGCAUCAUCUGUGUGUCCAUACUUGUAUUGGAGCAGGAUAGAAAUGUGUGCCUACUCAUGUUCAUUGCAGUGUCUGAAGGCCUUGUAUUGGCAAGGUCAUGGGUUCAUGCAGCAUUUUAAAACUUUCAUGUAUAUGAAACUUACCAUUCUAUAAUUUAAAAAAACUCUGUAAAUUCUUUGUAUAGACAAAACCUACAUGUAAUACAUGUAAUGUGAAGUAUAAAUCUGAUUUAUCAUUUUAUCAAUAUCAAGGUAACUGCCGAACACCAAAAAUAAAAAAUUGUACCAAACAUGCAUUAAAAUGAUUCUGUACAUCAGUAAAAAUUGUGUCUGAGUAUUCUACCUGAAUAUGUACAUUACAAAUAAAAUGAAGAGAAAUGAAAAAUAUUAAUGUUUGUUAAAUGUUAAACUUAAUUGUCUGACUUACAUUAUUCUUAAUCAAAUGAAGUUAGCUUUUAUGAGAAGAGUGCAUAAUGGCAUCCUUAUGGUGAAGUCAUUGCCAGUAUAUUCAUUUAAUCGUAUUAAAUGAAGAUAUCUUAGAGUCCAGCCUUACUAAUGUAUUAUUGUUCUCUAAAAUGGCUUUGUCUUCCAUUCUUCCAAAAUAUCAUCUGAUCAGUACUGUCUGCUGUUAAGGAACAUUAUUUAACUUAACCUAGUUGUUUUAAGUUUAUGGUGACUGUAUUAAAUAUUUUUGUGUGGGGAUGUGACUAAUGCACUGCUAAAGGGACUAGAAUUCGCUUCUGCAAAGGACCCAGAAUGUCCUUUUUGAAGGGUCUAAUAAUGUAUAUUUAUAUACAACAGGGAUGGUAACGAAAUGUUCUUUGUUCUGGCAGCCUCAGGGUUCUUUCGGUACUUUGAAAGAGAAAUCCAGUAGGUUAUGAGGUAAGAAAACUGUUGUGAUUCAUACUGUAUAUUUGUUCUGAUUGUGGUGUAUACAACAAAUACCUGAAAAUAACCUCUUAAAAAGCAUUUUUGUUAACUUGUCUAGAAAAUAAACAUGUCUUAGCAGUCAGGGGCUGUCUUUUUAUAGAAAACAAAUUUCUCUGUAGUUAGUUACCAGUGACUUAAUGGAACUUGUGCAUACCCUGUUGUUUCUGCAGGAUUAACUAUGGUCAGUGUCCAUAUCUAUGAUGAUGAAGCAGCUUUUCAACAUGAAAUGACAAGAACUCAUUUAAAUGCAUAUUUAGACAUAUCAUUACUUAUAAAUUGAUUAUAACUGGUAGAGCAGACACUUUAUUAACUGGUGAACUUGCUGAGUUGAUCAUUUUACGCAUGAUAAUUUGCAAAUAAAGUACCAGUGCUUGUUUUGGUAGUCAUAUAA